AUGGAUAUAGAUACCAAUCAAAACCGUAACAAUAACAAUAACAAUAACAAUAACAGCAAUAAUAAUGAUGAUGAUAAAAACAAUGACAGUAAUAAUGAUAUCCAACAUAAUAAUAAAAAUGAAAUAACUUCUAUAUCGCUAUUAAGUUUUAUAGAAAGGAAAAUCGAUUUGUUAAAAGUUCAGUCACCUCUUAGCGGCUCCAUAGCAACCACAACCACAACCAACACCAAUAAUAAUAGUUUUAUCAAUAAUAUACCUAAUGGUUUUUGUCAUAUACCAAAAUAUUAUGAUGCUUUGAAAAUUAAACAAUUUCAAGAUAAAGAUAAACUACAAUCAAAAGAUAUUUAUAACAUGUUAUACACCUUGUUUUAUGAUAAAUGUAGUAGUAGUGCUGUCAACUCUAUAUUGGUAGCAGGAAACAUUUUAUGGAAAGAUUAUAAUAAAGGUUUAUUAGGUGUUGAAAUUUUAAAGAUAAUAGAUAUUUAUGAUAGUAUGAACAAUACUGAUAAUAGAAACCAUAGUAGUAAUCAGAAUAGUAAUCAUAGCAGUAAUGAUAAUAGUAGUAUUCCCUUUGAGUUUGAUGCAAUAUCACAAUAUCAUAUUAAAGCAACCAUAAGUACAGAAGAAUUUUCACGUAGUAUGCUUAAGGAUGUAAAUUAUUAUGAUGUCGGUGAUUUUGUAAGAGCAAUAAUAAUAUCAAUUGAUAAAGAGAAACAAGAUAUUCAAUUAAGUUUCGAUAUCUCCAGAGUUUCAAAUAUAAUUAAUAAUAGCAGUAGUAAUAAUAACAAUACACUAUAUAGAUAUUUAGGAAAGUACAACCCAGCUGAACAAUUUCUUCAACUAGGAUUUACCAAUAUUAUUGGCAUCUUAGAAAGAGAUCCACUAUUCAAUAAUCCAUGGUCAUGUGAUACUAUGUGCAAAUCGCUAUCAAUCAAACAACUCGAUACUAUGAUACCUUAUAACUCAACAUACCCCUCUGAUUUAAAAGAGACUCUCAGAUCCCAUCAAAACUUUAUUUGGUCUCAAAAUUCAGUUCAAACUGGUAUAAAAUAUGCAAAAGCAGGUCAAUUUGAAAAGGCAAUAGAAUACUAUAAGGAAGCCUUAAAUGUUGAUCAUAAUCAUAAAGAUGCUUAUGUUGCAUUAGGCGCUGUUUAUGCAAAUAACUCACAAUUUGAAAAAGCAAUUUACAAUUUUAAAGAGGCACUCAGCAUUGACCCAAAUGAUUCAAAUGCUGACAAAUAUUUUAAAGCAACUUUGGUUAAGAUGAAAGAUUCUGGUGUUUCGAUGGAGGAAUGCUUAAAAUAUAUUGGCCCAACAAGUAAAUCAAUUGGUAAUAAUAGUCAUAAAAAUAAAGACAGAGAUAGAGACUAUAGGGAUAGAGAUUAUAGAGAUAGAAAUAACAAAGAAUACAAUAACGAUAAAUAUUCAAAUAUAAAGAAAGAUAAACUAAAGAAACUAUUACAAGAAGAGUAUGACAGCGAUAAAAGUGACAAGAAAAAGAAAAAGAAAAGAAAGAAGGAAAAAUAUAGUGAUAGCGAAAAUAGUAGUGACUAUAGUAAUGAUGAUGAUGAUGAUGACAAUGAUGAAAACAAUGAAGAACAUCGUCAUAACCGUAGAAGAAGAAGUUUUCAAACAAAUGAAUCUUCAAAAUCAAGAUCAAGAGAAAGAGGAAAAAGUGAAAGCAAAUACAAAGAUAAAUCAAAAGAUAGAGAUAGUAGAUCAAGAGAUAGAUCAAGAGAUAGAUCAAAAGAAAGAUCAAGAGAUAGAGGGUAUAGAAAUAAAGAAAGAUCACGUUCAAGGAGUAGAGGCAGAAGACAUAAAAGUAGAUCAAGAGAAAGAAAAGAUAAGAAUAGGGAUAGAGAUAGGGAUAGAGAAAGGGAUAGGGAUAGGGAUAGGGAUAGAGAAAGAAGUAGAAAAAGUUCAAAAGAAAGAUAUAAAGACAAAAAUAAAAGAGAUUAA